UACGUUCAAAAAUAAACAUGGCGACCGGCAAGAAAUUUUUUAAAUUGUGUACUCCUCUGAUAAAUAAUGCUAAUUUUUUGUUUAACAGAUCCACCUUAUCAGGGUGCUAUCAAUCACAGGUUACCUUCUGCACGAGGUUAAGUGAAAAUAUAAAUGGUAUUCCACCAAGGCCUAAACGUCCCUUAAACCCAUUUAUUCGAUUUUCUAUAGAAGAAAGACCAAAAAUAAUUGCAGAAAAUCCUGGUAUACCGAACAACAAAGUUUUGAAUUUACUUUCUCAAAGAUGGGCUGAAUAUAAUACUGAGCAGAAACAAAGUUUACAACAAGCUUAUAGACAGGAAAUGGAUCUUUAUGUCAAAGAAAUCAUAGAAUAUGAAAGUCUAUUAACUGAUGAACAAAAAAAAAUGAUAAAAGAAGCACGGGAGAAAAAAUUAUUGAUGAAGAAAAAAAAUGCCAUGAAAUCAAAAUUAGAAGAGCUAGGAAAGCCUAAGAAACCGCCAUCAAUAUUCAUCUCAUACUUAAUUUCUAAAAAGAACCUAAAAAAAGAUAAAGUUCCAUAUACUGAAUGGGUAAAAGAAGUAUCUGAAGAAUGGGCCAAUUUAUCACCAGAUAUUAAGGAAAAGUAUGCAGAAGAACAUAAAAAAUUAAUGGACCAAUAUCGUCAUAAUAUAAUAGAGUGGGAAGAAAAGAUGGUAAAAUUGGGACAUACUGGAUUUGUGAGAAAAAAAAUUUUGUUAGAUUUAAAAGAUAAAGAGGUUCCAAAAUAAGUGUGCUUGUAAUAAAUGCUAACAAGUCAAAUUUUCAUGAAACCAUUCGUAAUAAAGAAGUCAAAAAUAUGUAAACAAAGAUUUGAAGUUUAAUUUUAAUAAUUACUGUAUUCUAAAUUUCUAUAUUAAAUAUUUUAAAGUCAUUAAUAUAUUUAUAAUGAUUCAAUGAAAGAGCAAAAUAUAUUAUAUUUACAUUUGAUUAUAGAAAAAAUUGUAGUAUUACAAUAUAAUGAUUACAGUCUACAGUUUGAAAAAGGCAUCAGAUUGCUUCUAAGUUGAGACUUGAGAAUCCGGUGCAUCCAUUGUCUCAGGAAGAGAAUCAUCCAAAUCGAUGAAGUGUCUUGUUAUUAUGUUAAAUAUAAUCACAAAACUGAAGAUGUACAAUGACAAAUCUCGAAUGAAAAGAUUAAUUGUAUUAAAAACUUUUUGAAAUGUA